AUGGACCGGCUUCAAGGUGGUUCUGGCGAUGCGUCUGAUCAAGUGAACCUGGAUUCAGUUCAGGAAGAUAGGAGAUCUUCUGAGGGUCUAGAUGAAAAACCGAUACACCAUCGACUACCUGACGUGCUCCCGGAGAGUACAGAUCCUCCUAUUUUGACUGCGAUUGAACAUCUUGCCUGGGGACGAAACUCUGCAGGCUGCUUCCCACAUAGGAGAUGCGCUUGUCAAUAUCGCCGAGACAGCCCGGAGCUGUUGUCGAUGAACGGCGGCCCAUUUCAGAUACAGGGCUCUGCUUUGGAAUCGAUGGUUCAUAUUCCCAAGAUCUCCGAUGCCCAGAAACUCAUCAGAUUCCAUGUUGUCCAUAUCUCAUGGCACCAUAAUUGCUUUCACGGUCCAACAUUCCUCGAGCAAUGCGAACUUUUCUGGAGAACCGGAAGAUGUGACCACCCUCUCUGGAUGGCGCUUUACUUUGCUGUCUUGAGUUGCACUGUCAAUUCUAUCCAGAAUAGUGGCAAAUUAAGAGCGCUCGUCGAUGUUAAUCUUUACCUUGCGACGCAACCAGCUCAGCAACUUUUCUCAUCCAUGAUCCAAACUCUCUACAGUUCACACUUCCUGAACGACCUCUCAAUAUAUUCUGUCCAGGCGAUUGUAAUAUCAACAGAGGUUGCCCACAAUCUUGGUCUCAGUCAAUUGAACGCGACCCUAUUUAAUGCCGCUGUGCGUAUCGCUGAAUGCUUGGGAAUCCACAAAAUCAAAGAACACACAGCAACCCUGACCCACACUAAAGACGAAUGGGAAGAACGAGUUGAAAGAGAAGUCGGAAAACGGGUAUGGUGCCAGAUGGUUAUCCAAGAUCACUUCGCCAUCCCCUUCACCGACACUUACAGCAUUUCCCCGAUGCAUUUCUCAACGGGCCGGCCCCUGAAUGCAGAUGAACGCAACCUAAACGAAUUGCCAACAGAAAUACCCACGGUGAGCACUUAUGUUCGUGUUCUGGUGGAUCUGGCAGCAUUGAUGCCAGGCCUCGCAGAUGGACUGGGUCCAUUGACGAAAAGAAAACCCCGUCGUGAGCAAUACGAACACAUCCUGCGGGUUGACCAAAAGAUGCGAGCGGUCGUGAACAACAUACCGCCGUUUUUGCUACGGUCGGAUAAGGUGAAAGAGGCACAGAUCCCAUGGCUCGGCAUCGCCCGCCGCAGUCUUGCCAUCACUGCUGCCGAGAAAAUCAUCAUGAUCCACCGGCCGUUCCUCUUCCGCUCAUUCCACGAUAAAACAUAUAGCCACUCUCGACGAACUUGCGUCGCGGCUGCAAUGACCAUUUUACGAGAACAUGAGGCAAUCGUCGAGGAAGAUGACCUCUCCAUCUGGACUCACACAGCCUUUGCCAUCACGGCAGCAGUCAUUCUCUGCUUUGAAGGGAAUGCCCUGCUGAAGGAGUCCAACAACGCGAAAGUCAGCAUCUACAGGGAGGUUAUAGCAGCUGCUCGCGACCGUCUAGCAGUUCGGAACGGCGAUAUCAUGGCUCAGCGUGGUGUCGCUCUUAUUGAUGCGAUCUCCAUUGCCGAAGGAGCAGGGUACGAUGCGUCUGAUUUAAAUCGGGGCUCAUCAAUCGAUGUCAACCGAGUGUUUGCCAAUUUCUCAACACUAAGUCGAUCGAAUCUCAAUGUGAACGCCGAAGAUAUAAUAUUUGGGAAAAUCCCCGGUGAAAGUCCCCGAGGGGCUUACCGGCUCAGCAAUUGA